AUGGGAACAGGGAAAGCAAACGACUAUUAUACUUCGAACGCUUGUGACAGCAUUGGGGACAACCGUGUUGUGUAUGAAAAAGCCAGCUUUUUGAUUGACUCCCGAUACAAGGUCCUACAGGUUCUUGGUAAAGGAUCAUAUGGAACUGUUUGUUCUGCUAUAGAUUUGAAGACAAAGGACAAAUCCUCUUUGGCGAUUAAAAAAGUUUGCAAUAUAUUCAACAAAGAAGUGCUUCUAAAGCGGGCCAUCCGAGAGUUGAAGCUUAUGGAGUUUUUCAAAGGUCACAAAAAUAUAAUAGGGUUGGUUGAUUUGGACAUUGUGUACAUGAAACCAUAUGAUGGGUUGUAUUGUUUCCAAGAAUUGAUUGAUUACGAUUUGGCAAAAGUGAUUCAUAGUUCAGUCCAGUUUUCUGAGUUCCACAUCAAAUCAUUUUUUUACCAGAUAUGUUGUGGUGUCAAGUAUAUCCAUUCAGCUGAUGUGAUUCAUCGUGAUUUGAAGCCCGGCAACAUAUUGGUUACAUCCCAGGGGUGCCUCAAGAUUUGUGAUUUUGGGUUGGCUCGAGGCAUCAAUGAGAAGUACAUGAAUCGGAAUCAUCGGUCGAGCAACAUUACCAACUAUGUUGCCACUAGAUGGUAUAGGGCACCUGAUUUAAUUUUGACGAGGAAACCGUAUGGUAAAGCCGUGGACAUCUGGGCUGUUGGAUGCAUAUUGGCUGAAUUGUACGGUAGAAGACCGAUAUUCAUUGGUGACGAUCAAAUGCAGCAGAUCAACGAGAUUUGCAAGGUGAUUGGCACUCCUUCGAAGGAAAUCAUUUUCGGGUACGGAUCAACCAUAGCAUGGGAGAUCUUCUCCGAUCCGAAGCCAAGGUAUCAGAAGAAAAACUGGAGUGAUAUAUAUCCUCACUCCAACGCCAAGGCACAGGACUUGUUGGAUGGCAUGAUAUGCUGGGAUGUUGCAAAACGUUUUGACAUUGACCGGAUUUUGAGACACCCUUAUUUGGAGGAUAUUCGAAAUAAGGACGACGAGGUUGAGAUGGACCAGACUUUCAACUUUAGCUUUGAGUGGAAGGUGAGAACGCUCAACGAUAUGAAACUGCUUUUGCGGGACGAGGUCGAGAACUUCAAGGCGAAAAAGCACAGAUAUGACAACAAGUUCGAAAGUCUAUAA